UUACGGGCUUCGCUUAUGCAAGCGGGUCAGAGAAAAGUUUCGGGGAGGGAUCUAGUUUGUAUUGAGGUGUCGGAAACCUAGCUCAGAGCCGACUCUCUCGCUCUGAAUUCUCUCUCCUCGUUCUUUUAGACCUGCCAAUUCCUGGUACAAGAGGCGACAUGGCCGGAGAUGACGUUUUGCCGCCUCAAAUCCACAUGAAGGGAGGGGAGAAGAAGAAGAAGAAGAAGAAGCAGAAGAAGAAGAAGGGAACAACGGGCGACAUGAGCCGUCCCCGUCCCGAUUGUCAUGAUAUGUCACCGCCUUGUGAAGUCUGUCACCGGCGAUUUCCCGACAACAUCACCCUCCAAAUACAUAGGGAGAAUGUCCAUGUGCUUCAUAUUUGUGAGAUAUGUGGAUUAUCGUUUUACUCUGAUACUCUCCUCCAAACACAUAAGCAGUGUGUGCAUACGCUUCAUACGUGUGAGAUAUGUGGAGUAUCGUUUCGCUCUGAUGCUCAACUCCAGAGUCAUAGGAAAUCCAAACAUCCGGAUUUAAAGAAGAAAAAGAUGAUGAAGAAGAAGAAGAAGAAGAAGAGGCAGAAGAAGAAGAAGAAGAAUGAGGAGGAGGAGGAGGAGGAGAAGGCGAAGGCGGAGGGGGAGCAUGCCAGCAGCUUCCCCAUAGAGAAGACGAUGAACAAGGCGCCCUCACCCUCAUCCUCAAUUUCUGGCGAGAGCUUCCCCAUUGAGAAGAUGAUGAACAAGGCACCCUCACCCUCGAUUUCUGGCGAGAGCUUUCCCAUGGAGAAGGUGGACCAGGCAGAAUCUAUACUUAUUAUGGUGAAGUUUGACAUGGAUGAUUCAUUUUCUGGCGCAAUAUACGAAAUCAAACUUGACCAACUUCAGCCACUUGAGCAUGGUAAAUCUGUGGGCGGAUUUAACACUGACCCUUCAACUCUACCAAUGCUCAAACCUGUAGCAGAGUUAUUUGGUAAGGGCUGGAAGACGGAGGAGCUCUUUUUAUUUGAUUGUGCUAGAAUUGGCAGCCUCUCCAAGUUAUAUGUUUUGGUAAAUCAAAUCCCAUGCCCUUAUCUGAAGCCUGUCACUCCCGAGUAUGCAUUUGCCUUCGACAAAAGCUUAGUUUCAGAACUGAUUUCUCCACCAAAGACAACCAAGCAGUAUUGUCUUGUUAUAUCGGCAUAUGGGAUGUUGUAUUAUCUUGCACAACCAUUGUGCUUUCCUCAGAUCCAAGAACCGUCAUUUGAGCGGUAUGAUCCGGCCAGUGAUUCAUGGGAGUCAUUGCCUCCUUUCCCAGAUUAUUCUCUAGAUCAGGCACAGACCGAGAUAACCGGUUAUGCCGUUUGUUAUGGAUAUAUACUAUUGUCCAUGCAAACUGAGAAGAAAUAUGAAGCGGUGGCUUUUCAUAUUCAUAGCAGAACAUGGCACAAGGUGAAGACUAGCCCAGAGAAUCCUUAUUAUUAUCCCUUCUAUGGGAGGGCAGUGGUUUUAGGUAGUACUAUCUAUGCCUUGGCGCAUAAUCUUGAUUUGGUUCUGGUCUUCUCUUUCUGGUGGGAUUCAGACAAGGAUGGUGACAUUGUUAAGCGGCGACAUUUUCUGGGCACCCCAUUGUCUCUGUUAAUAACAGCCAAGUGUCAUCCGCCGCGCAGGUUACUAGGGGAUAGAACUCAGAAUUUGGUUCAUUUAGGGGGGCGAUACUUUUGUGUUGUGCAAACUGGUCAGAACAUUGAUUCUUCUGAGUAUCAGUAUAUGUGUGCGACGACCUUCAGAAUUGCCGGUGAUGGGCAAGAAAUGCAUAUCAAGACUGUUCGCUCAUCCGUUUUUCGAGUCGCGAUCGAAGGGAAUGAUGAAUUUGAAGUUCAGUUCAGCUUCACACCAGAUUGCAAUGACAUUGAACCAGUGGAAGAACAGUACUGUGUGUCUAGUGCAUUGGUUGAAAGGGAAAGUGCGUGGACUUCGGAUGUCAAAGAAGACUUCUUUUCCUUCCCAACUGGUCCUAAACUGGGAUUAGAGGCAUUUAGAGCCAAGAAAGAAGACGAAAAAAAAGUGUUCAUCUCCACUACUUCACCUGAGACUCCUCUCCUUUCCAAAGGUUCAAAAAAGAAGAAAAAGAUAUAAAGGGUCUGGUUUUGAUGUUCCGCCGGGGUACCAUUGCAACUUUUGAGGGUCGUUUGGGUAUGAUUCUGAUGGUGAGCAUGCAAGUUGGGUGUUAGUGUUGAAACGAGGUCCCAGAUUUGCGUGUAGCUGUGGACCAAGCAAUGACUCUUUGGAGAGGCAGUGUGAAAGAAAAACACAGAUACCUAGAUAUGUUCAUAGAGGUCUCAGAAGAUUCCAAACCCGGUGUUAGGAAGUCAGUCCAAGAGAAAUUGUCAUUCUGCUGGCCGGGGGAAAAUGACCUGCUAGCUUUGCUAUGCCCGUCAAAGACAAGUAUUUUGGGAAUUGAUGAAUUCUAUUUUUGCCACACUUAACUGUCAAACAUUAUGAUGUUGUAACGUGUAACACUCAUGUCAUAGUGAUAACUUAGUCAGUGAUUUUAUGUUGAGUUUAUGCAAGGCCGGUAGAGCAGGUGUAGAAUUUGUCCAAAACAUGGGCUCAUUGAUUUCAGAAAUUUUCUUUCAAUUAGUGGGGUUGCAUGUUUGGUAAUUGGAGGUAAAGCGCCUGACUCUGAAACUAUUUUUGCUGCAAUGUUUGGCUGUUUGAAUACAGUCCAGUUAUCUCA